UUUGUAAAAAAAAAUAAAUCCGCCUCAACGAUAUAGAACUUAUCAACAAACCUAUUGCUAUUCUAGCUAAACCAGGCCGCAAAGAAAUAUAACAUGAGCAUAUCGAUACCGAAACCUAAAUCUUAUGACCAUAAGCAAGGAACCGAUACCUUUAAAGCCUACUCGCCGGACCCAUCAGUCCCCCCACAAUACUACUACUAUUAUAAUUAAACGCCUUCUACUGUCGCACUGACCAAUGGUUAGAAGUAUCCACUUGUAUGAGUAUGAGCAGCUUUUAUCUAUUCAAUUCAUUGACUUGUAUGUGUUAUCACAAUAAAUUGCCAAAUUCGUUUACCAUAAAUCACCUAACAAAGCAAGUAAACCUUGAUCCACUUUUGUCGUUCGUGCUGUUUAUGGCCCUAAAUGUAAAUUCGUGUAAAUACCUACGCAGCCGAGAACUGGUCAUUCCUUAAUUAAGAGAUAUAAAGGAUACAUUUGUGGAAACAUGCGACGAAAGAAUUACUUAAAUGAAAGUAUUGACGCCAUUCUUCUGCUGUUUACGAUGAAGUUGGUGCUUAAAAACUAACUUUAGAGUGUCUGACCGGGCGAAAUGACUGCGAUCAGUGUUCCGAAGUUUAAUUUAAACAUCUACUCAACGUUAAGUCUGAUUUGGCGUUUUUCGUUGCAAUCAAUAAACGUGUGUAAGUUGUCGGCCUUAGAAUGGUGAAAAAUAAAGUGCAACCUGGGGAAAAAGCACCCAUUUUCAAAGAAAGACACCGCCAUAAUAUGGAAUAUUUUUACAUUAAACAAACAUUAAAGUUGUUGGAAAAGAAACAUGUGGUGUAUCCAAUGACAGUGGUCCUGUUAGUUCUAGUUAUUCUUGGUCACAUCUACUCGUUAAUAGGAAAGCCAACGCCGUUUCCAAACCAGCAUGUAGCGGUAAAAACGGCCGAGCACGUGGCAGAUUUUUGCUUAACGGCUAGUAUUAUCAUAAUUAUUUUGUAUUUGCCAAAAAAUGCAGAAAACUUUUACCAAUUAUUCAGUAGUUUGUACCCUGAAGGAAACAAACUGUUCGGACCAUUACUGGCGAUGAAAAAGCACCAUUUUUGGCGAAAUUUUUUGAUUUGCAACGUGUGCAUAGGAAGUUUAAUAACUUUCGACGCAUCGUUCUUCUUAGUGAAUUUCGGCUGGAGUACAUACAAAUAUCUAGUUUUUGGAGAUGUUCAGUUUUACUUGUAUAACCUGGUACUGCUGCUUCUGUUAACUCUAGCAAGAAAACUGGAACUAAGGUUUGCAGAAUUAAAUGAACUGCUGGAGUACAAAACUGACAAUUUUUUAAAAACCACCAGCAACAAUAAAACAAGCGAAAACGAAAUAGAAACUCAUUUAAGUUACAUUUUGAGUUCCGAACAUUUUUACAGUGUGAGAACUUUCAAAAUGAUGCAUUACGAGCUGUGUAAAUUGGUCAAAAGGUUCAAUGAGAUGUUUGGAAGGAUAAUUUUAUUCACCAUCCUGUUCAGUAUAGCUAACAUUCUUGCAAAGGUCACUUUUAUUAUUGAUUUUUACGUGACACCGAGGAACGACUCAGACAAGAACAAGUGGGCUCUUUUUAUGGGCAUCAUCUGCUUUUGGAUUUUUGCUAAUAUGGCUCAAUCAUUUCUAUUUGCUUUUUAUGGUGAGCAGAUCACCAAGGAAGGAGAGAAAACCACCCGGACAUGUUUUUACUUGCUAAACAAAGUUCCAUUUCAGCCAAAAAACAAUGACGAAGCUUUCCUACAAGAAGAGUUGAAAUGCUUUGCCUUCCAAAGCUAUUCUCAUAUUCCCUGCCUAUCAGCAGGUGGCUUUUUUGAUGUUAACUUUAGGGUAUUAGGUUUAAUGAUCUCGAGCGUUACUUCUUAUUUAAUGGUAAUAAUACAGUUCUUAUUAAGGCAGCAAACAAGCUAGAAGGUUUCUCGUGAAAUAAUACGUUAAUAUUUAAUAUAAGAGUGUUGUUAUCAAACCCUCCCAGGUUCUUCAAUAAAAAAACCAACAUUUGGAAUUAGAAAUAAACGGUUUUGAAAUUGGA